AUGUCGGAAAUGAAGAAGAUCUUUACUACUAACUCUAUGGCUCCUGUUGGCCCUUACAGCCAAGCAGUCCAAGUCGGCAACCACAUCUUCGUGUCUGGCCAAAUUCCCGCCGACAAGAACGGCAACCUGGUCGAGGGCAGCAUCGCCGACAAGACAAAGGCAUCAUGUGAAGGCAUGAAGGCCAUUCUCGAGGAGGCUGGCAGCAGCAUCGACAAGGUCAUCAAGACCACCGUCUUCCUGACCGACAUGAAGGACUUUGCAGAGAUGAACGGCAUGUACGAAAAGUACUUUUCGCACAAGCCUGCUCGCAGCUGUGUUGCCGUCAAGGAGCUUCCCAAGGGUGUUCCCGUCGAGAUUGAGGCUAUUGCCCUUGCCUAA